AUGCAGAACAGCUCGGUUGCGCCUUCAACAGCAACGGCGCAGCAAUUAGCUACGGCCUCAAGCAGUACAAGAGCAACCUGGUCGUCGCCCUCGCCCUUGAUGUCACUCUCCAGUUCGAUGACGAGUGGGAAGCCAAAUGGCGGAACCGGCCCGUCUUCGCCAGCGGAUUUCCCCAAAUAUAGCGCUUCGACGGAGGAGAUAUUGAAGAGAGUCGUGGGCGCAAAUGCGGCAAGAGCAGGGACACCGGGCUACGAAGCUGCGAGGGAGUCGAUACUGAAGAACAUGGUUACAAGCGACCGGUUAGGUACACCUGCUCAGCCUGUGCUAUCAUCGCGUGGACGUGGUGGAGGAAGAGGUGGUCGACCAACCGCAGGAAGUCCGCUCGCAAAUGGUGAAAGCAUAAACGGUACAAGCACGUCUGCUGCCGGCAUGACACCGACUGGUACAAAAGGAAGGGGACGUGGGCGAGGGCGCGGUAGCAGAGGCGGAGGAAGGGGAGGCAAGAGAAAACGAGAGGAUAACUCCGACGAGGACGAUGCAGUAGACGACGACUCAGACACAUCGGAGAACUACACCCCACAGAUCACGCAGACAAAAUCGGGUCGCCAAGUAUCGAAACCAACGCAAUUCGUCCCCGUUUUACCGUCACCGUCAUCGGGAACUAAGCGCAAAAGAACGCACAUCAAGAAGCCAGAGCUGAUCGUUUGUAAGAUUUGUUCGCGGGCAACGAGCCAGAGUGGAAACUUCAUAGUCUACUGCGAUGGUUGUAAUUCGCCAUAUCACCAGUAUUGCCAUGACCCUCCGAUCGGCAAGGAUGUCGUCAAGAUUCAGGACAAAGAGUGGUUGUGCUCCGAAUGCUCAAAAGCAAGGCUGUCAUCGCAAGCUACGAGUGCAGUCGCGGGGUCUGGACUGACACUCAACUCUCUAGUCGCUGCCCCUGAAUUGAAUCCAGAUGAAAAACGCCAGUACUUCUCCUCUCUCCCGUCUAGCACACUCGUUGAUCUCCUAUGCCAUUCGGCCUCCCUCCACCCCAACCUCCCAGUCUUCACCUCAAACGCUCGUAUGAAACUCAACGACAUCAAUCACGCUACCAACGGAACGACAUCUCUAGCCCCCUCAUCACUCCUCAAACCACCCCAAUCCAACAGCAACGCACAAAGUACAUCUUCGCUCUCAUCACCACCCGCGUCGACUGACUCUCUUCCAUCCGCCCUUACCACAGCAGCAUUGAAUUCAGGCUCUGCGCCUACAAGCGUACCCCUGACAGAUGCGUACGACGAGGACUAUGACACGGGUCACUUUCCGAAACCAGGAAAUGGGCUGGCGCGAACGCUGAGGCCGGAGAGCGAGGAUUUCAAGUGGUUGGUCGAUGACAACUUUGAGGUGUUUAGUCACAACGACACAUAUGGCGAGCCGGACGGCGUGAACGGGUUCGACUGA